AUGCCUCCACGUGCCCUCGAGGAAGAACAGCAGCUCUCGCUGCUCGAAUCGGAUAACGAUGCCAGCGUAAAUCGGCUCUUUGGACAAAUCUCGGCCUUGAGAGGGGUUACCAUUGACAUUCACGACGAAAUGAAUCGACAGGACAGCUUACUUUCCAGCAUUGGCUCGGGCAUCGAAUCCAAUCUCACCCAAGUCAAGCAGUCUUUCAACCGCAUGAAGGCCGUCGUAACGGCCCCCAACAACCGCUCGUUUUUCCUCGCCGUGUUCCUGCUCACAAUCGUGUUCCUGUUCGCCAUCGGCCUCAUGAUAUCCAAGGCAACGUCUUCGUCAAAAUCAUAG